AGCGAGUAUAAGAUGUAAUCUGCAGUGCAUCAUCAUCUCAAUUCACUCCUGGCGACUGAGCAAUCAAGAGCUGAUUUUCAAACUAAGAUGUUUCGGCGGUGUCUGACUCCUCUUUGCAUCCUCACCAUCAUCUGUAUGGUGUCUACAGUCGCCUCCUCCCCUCUUGGCCACAGGGGAGCGCUGUCCUUCUCCAAUUCACUGCGCCUCACUCGGACUAUUCGCGCACGCGUCCAACAAGUGCUGUCUCGCUACAAACAGCAGCUGUUUGGCGACGAGCUCUUUGAGUACAGAGAGCUGAUGUUGAGCACACUUCCAGCGGUUACUGUGAGCUAUCAGACCUGGCUACACAUGCAGGACAAUGAGCGUUUGCGUUUGGCCUCUCACAACCUCCAAACCUUCUGGAUUCACCUGGAAGCUCAACGACAGCAGCUGGAGAGAGAGAGGGAUGCGACGAAAGACAGGAGAGAGCAGAGAAGAGACAAACGAGGAAAGCCUCUGCUCAAUCUGUGCCAAAGUUUUCUCAGUCUGCAAAUAGAUCUGCGGGACUUAAUGAAACAAGUCAACUCUCAGUUAAACAGUCUGAGUAUCACUGCAUCCACAAAGUCCCCACCUCUCCAUACCCUACACUCAACUUCAGCUUCCAGUCCGAAUCCCAGCAUGCAUCAUUCCACAGAGAGCACCACUGUACUCCAGACCCCAACUCAGAUGAAUAAUCCUCGCAGUUCCACACACUCUGUCAGCCUCCUACAACCCACCCAGGCAUCAGCAACCUCUGUUUUCACGGGAAGCAAACUAUCUGUGGAUACUCAGCAGACAACAACAGCAGAGACGUCCCGUUGGAUCCAGCAUCUGAGAGGGUAUGUGAUACUGAGAGAUCUGCAACGGUACUUGAGCAGAUUGGCACGAGAUUAUGCUGUGCUCCAAGCUAAACACUGACAAACAUGUAUGAGCAAAUCAACAAAGCUG